UAUAAAUUAUCCGCCAUUUUGGACAAACCGCAUGCUCUAAUGCUGUAGCCUGCUAGCGAGUUAGUCUGAAUUUUAGCCAGGGCGAAUAGUCGUGUUUAAUCACAGGUCAAUAUGUUUGUUCUUGAGUCUUUCGGCUCGUAAAAAACGUCAAUAGAUUUAGCGGUGUAAUCCAGGUUGUUUUCCAGUUGAGUUUUUAAAACUACAUUCUCAACAUGAAGGGUAUAGUUGAAGAGCCCACCGACACCGAAAGUGCUGGUUUUGGGUGCGCUGUUACAAACCGCUUUGGUCAGCUUUUAGACGACGAGGCCGACCCGUUCGACAUCAUUCGCGAGGCUCAGGUGGAGAAGCAGAAGAAAAAGAAAAAAGAUGAGCCAAAAAAACCUGCUACUACAGAUAAACCUAUUAAGAAGGACUCCCAAAAGGACAGGAGAACUCCCUUGAGUGCUGGGGAAGGCGACAAUGCAGAAGUUAAAAGUUUACAUGGUAAGUCGAUGCGAUGGGUGAAGGCCGAGCUAGCUAAAGGUUGGACACGUUCUUGAUGUGAAGAUUGACAGCACGUGUCGGGUGUAUUGAAUGUGUAGGUAGCUGAACUUCAACAAUUGCAGCGUGACAUACUUUGCUUGCUAACUACACAUGACACACUAAUAAUAAAGAUACGCUCUUAUUGUCUGUCCUUCGCGUGUUCUAUGUAUGUGUUAUGGAACUCUGUAGGAUUGUGGACGUUCUGUUUUUAUCUGCUUUGGGGUAGUUAACUACUAGCUAGUCAGCAGUUAAAUUCGGUGCAACAUGGGGUUUGUUCUAGCUAGUUAAUUUUACUUGAAUCAGUGUUGCUUUCGUGAAAUUACUAACAAUUUAGUUAACUAUCAAGUAGGCUGCCGCUAAAUCGAUCACAUACAAGCUAGUUGAGUUUAGCUAGCUAUCGUUACAUAACAGGCCUUUGAAAGUAUCCACCUAGUUAGCUAGGAGGCUUGCCACACUAGCCAGCUAGCUAACGAUAGCUAAAACCUGGAUUUAGGUCACAAGACAACUGUACACGUUAGCCAUGUCUAAUUGUAACUUUUACACUGAACAAAAAUAUAAACGCAACAUGUAGUGUUGAAGUGACAUGAGCUGAAAAAACAACACUUUCCGUAUGCACAAAUGUUGUGCACAGCUUUGUUUACAUCCCAGUUAGUGGGAAUUUCUCCUUUGCCAAAAUAAUCCAUCCACCUGACAGGUGUGGCAUAUCAAGAAGCUGAUUAAACAGCAUGAUCAUUACACAGGUGCACCUUGUGCUGUGGACAAAAUACCUAUUUAAAAUGUGCUGAUUUGUCACAAUGCCAAAGAUGUCUCAAGUUGAGGGAGUGCAAUUGGCAUGCUGACUGCAGGCAUGGCCAACCGGGCUGUUGUCAGAGAAUUGAAUGCUAAUUUCUCUACCAUAAGCUGCCUCCAACAUCAUUUUAGAGAACUUGGCAGUAUGUCUAACUGGCCUCACAACCGCCUCCAUAUCCGGCUCCUAAACCUGUGGGGUAGGGUGCUGAGGAGUAUUUCUGUGUGUAAUAAAGCCCUUUUGUGGAGAAACUCAUUCUUAUUGGGUGGGCUGGGCUGCCAAGUGGAUGGGCCUAUUCCCAGCCAUGGCUGCACCCCUGCCCAGUCAUGUGAAAUUCAUAGAUUAGGGCCUAAAGAAUUUGUUUAAAUUGACAGGUUUCGGUACAUGAACUGUAACUUAGUAAAAUCUUUGAAAUUGUUUAUUUUUGUUCAGUAUAGCUACCAGUUAAACGGUAGAAACAAGCAAGCUGUGGCCUCGGGGAUAAUACCUAAGAUGUAUAUUUUGUUGUUUGCUAGCUAGUUCUUGUUUACAUUCUAGCUUGUUUUGUGUGUGUGUGUGGUGCUGCUUGCAUAAUUUGUCAUCUACAAUAAGCUUUAAUUUUAUGUGCAGGUCCGAAAUAUCCUCGAGGUGCACCUGGCCAUGUAGAGGAGCGACGAGUUGGCUUCCGUGAUCAAAGGCAGAACGACAGUGCAGCACCCCUCGGAUACUCUAUUGAAAGGUAGUUAUACACUAGAGGUGGGCAUUUUUCUGGUUUCACAUAUUAAAUGGACACUGGCUAUUCAAUAAUUCCCAUGUUUAUUUUCUAUGCUGACCCCGCUUUGCAGAUCUGAGAAUGGAUAGUUGUAUUCAAGUUGAAACUCCACCUGGCCCACCAGCACCCUUGGUGGAGCAGUCAUGCUUCUUACCCCCAUUCUAGUCUUCUCAUAUCAGCUAGGAUAGAACAAAGGCCUAUCGUUGGGGGCUAGAGAAUGUGUUUUGACUCUGACCACAAGGACUGUAAUAACUAACUACUCACUCUACCCCAACAGGCCUGUGGAUCAGGGUGAGCGUGCCGGAAGGGGCCGAGGUGGAGGCCGUGGAAGAGGAAUGCGCGGCGGCAACUUAAGAUCCACAGAUGGCUUUGACCAGAGAGGCAAGAGGGAGUUUGAGCGCCACAGUGGCAGUGAUAGGACGUAAGAACAAUACUCCUCACAUUACCCUUAAAUCAAUUUUGACAUGAAGUAGAGGUUGGUGACAUUUGCAUUUGCCUGUUGCAGUGGUGUGCGGCCGGAGGAGAAGCGGGGGGGCAGUGGUCCACGUAACUGGGGAUCCAUGAGGGACCACAUAAGGUGAGUAUGCACACUAGGACUGUUGGUGCAUGUGAGGAAUUUCAAUCAAAUUGUCACAAGCUUCGUUAACUACAGGUGUAGAUUAACAGUGAAAUGCUUACUUACAGGCCCUUCCAAAAAAAAAUACAAUUAACACCAGGAAUAAAUGCAUGAUGUAUAACGAUAACUGUGUACCAGUACCGAUUCGAUAUGCAGGGGUACGAGGUAGAUGUGUACAUAUAGGUAGGGAUAAAGUGACUAGGCAACAGGAUAGAUGAUAAACCGAUGAGUCAAGAGUUAGUGCAAAAAGGGUCAAUGCAACUCCUGGUCUAGUGGAUGCUAGUGACCUGUUGCCACCAAUCAAAUAUUUCACAUGGGUGGAGGUCCAGAGGUUUUCUGAAAAUGUUUCUGACUUGCAACAUGCUAGCUAGCAUAAGUUGCCACAUAGGCUACUUAAACGGAAAAAUACUAAAAUAAGAAUGCCCUUCAGAGGGAACGUGAUUUAGACUCUGACCUUAUCAAAUGCAAGCAUUAACAGCCAGUGCUCCCAUUCAAACACAUAAUCAGAUACUGAAGUUCCCCACACUUCCAAUAGUAGUCAACAAGAUGAGAUUUGGAAGGAUGGAACAAGAGCAAAGUUGUGACUUGUAUCUAGAAAAAAUAUAAAUUCAAGCCAAUGUACUCCUUUUUGAUUGAAUUAAAAAAAAGCCCUCAUUGAGUUGAACAACCAGCGCAUCUCGACAAGUGUUCGUCAUCUAAGAAAAUUGUCUUGCGUGAUUGUUACCAUAGUAAUACUGAUGCUUUUUUAGUGCAGUGGCUGAUGGGGCUCCCACUGAGGAGGGAGGUGACGGCGAUGAGGUGGCAGAGACUGGUGCAAAUCUGUGAGUGAGCCAAAUGUUUGACCAGCGCAGCACCACUAUUUAAUCUGAGACGUGCAAACAGUAUACAUGUAUAGCCUAAUUAUUUCUGCAAUACUCACUAGAUAUUUUAGACCAGGCUGUACAUACUCAGAACUCUGACAUUACCAUUUUAAAUACUCACAAUUUACUCUAGUUAUAGAAUUAGUUUUGGAGUGUUACAUUUUCCAAUGCCAUAGUAACCCAUUGCUUCUCUGCAGCGCCCCUGAGACUGAAGGUGAGGGGGAAGCAGCGGUGGAGGUUGCUGUGGAGAUGUCUCUGGAUGAGUGGAAAGCCCUGCAGGAACAGAACCGGCCCAAGAAGGAGUUCAAUCUGCGCAAGGCUGAUACCAUUGUGCCCUCUGACUCGGUAGUCAUCCACAAGUCCAAGAAACAGGUUGAGGUGAGGAAUCCUGGACCAAUGCUGCAAAUACAGGCUGCUUAGUCACUGCUUGUUCCUGUUCGGUACACCUCAUUGAAUUACAGCUAAGGUUGCAAAAGGAAGAGUGUAUAUUACCAGUAAAAAAAAUACUACCAGAAUUUGGGAACUUAAAUAUAUUUUUUAAAUAAAUAGAAUGACAAUGCUGUAGAACAUGAUCCUAAAUAUAACCAAUGAAAUUAGUGAAUACCACACCGCUUGUUUAAUAUGAGGGUUUCGGCAUGAAAUCCUUUAUUUUUACACACUUAUAUUUAUUUUAUAAUGUCCUUGUAAAUGUUUUGGUGAAAACUGGUUGCAGUUGUAAUGGAAGUAAAUGCUUGAAGACUUAAUUGAAAAAGAAUCCACUAGAAACUCAUGGACAUGGGUAUAAAGAUGAAGAAAUUAAUUAAUUAAUUUUUUUAUAUGAAUGUGUAAACAAAUGUUUAAGUAUAAGUUACCAUAGAUUACCUAUUUAAUUACCAAAAUUCAAGUACCUUUGGUAAAUUUACUGGUAGUUUUACAAUCUUAAUCACAGCGAACUGAUUUCUAUAACACCGUUUUUGUUUGCAUUGCCUGCUGAUUGUGCUUAUGCGUCUUGGUUCUGUGAAUCCACAGGAGCAAGUUGAGGAGGUUGUGGAGGAGGAUGACGCUGCAUCUCUCCGUCGCCCCGCCAAUGACAUCACGGCUAAACUGAAGAUUGACUUUGGCAGCCUUGGACGACCCUCACGGGGGACCAGAGGAAGAGGGGGGCGUGGACGAGGUGGCCCAGCCACACGGCCAGAGACCAUUUCUCCUCAGAAGCCUCCUGAAAAAGUAUGUCUGGACUGAAUGGGUCCUGUUGGCUAUACAUGAAGGGCUUCAAACCACAGUAGAGGGCAGCAAAGUGCACUGGUUUUCUUUAAUCCCUGGUGCCUUUUUCUGCUUGUGCCUCAUGCUAGAGUGAAUUUCACUACAAUUGCCUGUUGGGCUUUGUUCUUUACCCACGUCUUGAUGCAGGCAUCCCACUAAGUUGACUCUGAUUCUCCCCAGGCCCGGGUCCAGCAGGGACAGGCACCAAACCCUGAUGACCCAGAGGACUUCCCUGCCCUGGCCUAAAGGAAGACCAGCAUUGGACCAGAGCCCAGUCCUUAGGUGGCCCUUCACCUGUACUGUGCCUUAGUGGAAUGAGCUUAACUUCGCAAGAGGAGCAAAAAAAGAAACUGGUUUGCU